AAAAUGAAUUGGCGGCAAUAAUAAACUGAAAGUCUGUUUAGGUUCGUCGUCGUCAGCGAAGCGAAAUGGGAGUUCACGGUCUUUGGGAAUUACUGGCCCCCGUCGGCCGCCGCGUCUCCGUCGAAACCCUAGCCGGAAAGAAGCUUGCCAUCGAUGCCAGUAUAUGGAUGGUGCAGUUCAUGAAGGCGAUGAGGGACGAGAAGGGAGAGAUGAUACGGAACGCGCAUUUGCUUGGAUUCUUUCGCAGGAUUUGCAAGCUUUUGUACCUGCGGACCAAGCCCGUCUUUGUCUUCGAUGGUGGAACCCCGGCCCUCAAGCGCCGAACCGUCAUUGCUCGACGAAGAAUGCGUGAGAAUGCUCAGGCCAAGCUCCGAAAAACUGCUGAGAAAUUGCUGCUUAACCAUCUUAAGGCGAUGAAGCUGAAAGAGAUAGCAGAGGACAUUAAGAAUCAGAGGCAAAAAAAUGAUGCCAAGGGUAAGAAGGCCUUGACUGAUCAGACUAACUUGGUGGGCAGUGAUUUUGAUAAAGAGGAUUUGAGCUCCAUUAAUUGCAAUCAGGAAAAGCUGGAUGAAAUGCUGGCUGCAUCUAUUAUGGCAGACGAUUUAGCUAACAACUCGACAAAGUCUACUUCUAGUCCUUGUGAGGAAGAUGGUUGGGAUGAUGAAGAAAUGAUACUGCCAGAUAUGCAUGGAGUUGAUCCAGCUGUAUUAGCUGCUUUAGCACCGUCUCUGCAACUUGAUGUUAAGCAGAAACAGAAGCAGGAUAAUGUUGAUAAGGGUAAGAAGAUUGUACCAGAUAAAGCAGAGAUCAAUGUAGAUAGGGACGAUAGUUGCAACCAGGAAAAGUUGGAUGAAAUGUUGGCAGCAUCUCUUAUGGAAGAAGAAAGUAGAAGUUUUUAUUACAAAACAUCAACAUCUUCUGCUCCUUAUCCUGUUGAGGAGGAUGGUGAUAUGGAUGAAGAUGAGAAUGGAGAUGAAGAGAUGAUACUGCCAGCAAUGGAUGGUGAAGUUGAUCCUUCCAUACUAGCUGCUUUGCCUCCAUCAAUGCAACUUGACCUUCUUGUUCAAAUUAGAGAAAGGUUAAUGGCCGAAAACAGGCAGAAGUAUCAAAAGGUCAAGAAGGACCCUGCAAAGUUUUCUGAGUUACAGAUAGAAGCAUAUCUUAAGACCGUUGCUUUCCGCCGGGAGAUAGAUCAAGUGCAGAAGGUCGCUUCUGGAAGAGGAGUAGAUGGUGUACAGACUUCCCGAAUAGCAUCCGAGGCUAACAGAGAAUUUAUCUUCUCAUCAUCUUUCACUGGUGAUAAACAGGUGCUGUCUGCGAGAAGUGAGAAAUAUGGAGAUAAGCAACAGGCAGAAGAUCCUUCAAGUGCCAUGCAUGCUCCUGCGUCUACCAGCAAGUCAAACACUGUGAAUGGAACAAAACCUAACAACUCUAGAAGGGUUUUUGAAGACAAUAUUGAGACAUAUCAUGAUGAGAGAGGGCGAAUUCGUGUCAGUAGAGUGAGAGCUAUGGGUAUUCGCAUGACCCGUGAUUUACAGAGGAAUUUGGACUUGAUGAAAGAGAUUGAAAAUGAGAGGACCAAUGUUGAGUGUCUGAUAAAUGAAAGUAAUCCUGCAGUUCUGGAAACUUCUUCAGGUAAAAAAUUUCCAGAAACUUCAAGUGAUGGUGCUGAAUCUGUUACAUUGGAAUAUACAAAUGAAGAUUCUGUGGUUAAUAAUGGUGCUUCUGUGGAGAUUUCUUUUGAAGAUGAUGGUGACAUCAAGUAUUUUGAAGGUGAUGAUGAGAUAUUUGCUCAUUUAGUAGCUGAAAAUCCUCUUAAACUAUCUUCUGAUAAUAUCAUGUCAUCAAGGAACCUGUCUUGUGGUUCUGAUUCAGACUGUUCCUGGGAGGAAGGUACUACUGAAGUGAAAGAUAAGAGUUUCUCAGAUGAUGAUAAGCUCAGAACUGAACUCCCUUCUAAAGGCAAUAAUAAUGAUGAUAGUGAAGUGGAAUGGGAGGAAGGAGUGUGUGAAUUUACUGAACAUACUUCGUCUGAUUCAAAAAAGGUAACUUCCAAAGGUAAUUUGGAAGAAGAUGCUGAAUUGCAGGAGGCAAUAAGGAGAAGUCUUGAAGAUUUAGAUGGUCAGAAAUCUUAUUCUGCAAUGCCUGAAGAUGACAAGCUGGAAGUUCCCAAAGGAUAUUCUUGUGAAGGUAAUAGGAUUAUUGACUCAGAAAAUAAGGUAGAAGGGCCAGUUUUUUCAGGGGAUGAUGGUAGAAAACAAAACAGAUUACCUUGUGAAAUUUUGGAUGAUGUUGAAAACCUGGAUGACGAGGGUCUUGCAAGUAUCUCAAAAUCCUCUGAUUCGUCUGGUAGUCCUAAAAUUUCAAGGAUACUGAUUGGGUCACCAUGUGAAGUUCGCAUCAGUUCUUUGGAACAACCACUGCAAGAUGCAAAUAAAAGUGCUAAUUUGUCCAAAGAAGCACAAGCACCAUUUGCAGAAUCUGUUGCUCCUUUAAAAGCAAAAGAGGUCAAUGUGGCUGGGGAAGACCUUCUUUGUACUUCUAAUAAGGUUGAGGGGUUCUCUUCCUCUUUUAAUAAGUUUGCGAAAGAUGGUUCUCACACAUCUGUUUUGUGUGAUGACAGUCCUGGUGAUUGGGUUGAAGAUCAGAAAAUUGCUACUGAAGCUAAACCAUCAGCCCCUUUGGUGGAGACAACCAACAAAGCUGUCUAUUCAUUGAAAGCAUUGACGAAUGAUUUGGCAUGUGAUAUUGAGAAUGAAGAAAAUUUAACUGCAAAGAAAAGUCCGGAAAAUUGUUUCCAAGAAAUUGGGCAUAGCUUGGAGAAUUCUUCAUUAAGGGACAAUGAUGUUUUUCGGGUUGAAGUUACAGAGGCUAGUCUAGAGGAAGAAAUUCAAGUUUUAGCCCAAGAACGUAUGGCUCUUGGAGAUGAGCAGGGAAAGCUGGAACGUAAUGCAGAAUCUGUUAGUAGUGAGAUGUUCACAGAAUGUCAGGAGCUGCUGCAAAUGUUUGGAUUACCAUAUAUCAUAGCACCAAUGGAGGCCGAAGCUCAGUGUGCUUAUAUGGAGCUAGCAAACCUUGUUGAUGGUGUUGUAACUGAUGACUCAGAUGUUUUCUUGUUUGGAGCACGGAGUGUUUACAAGAAUAUAUUUGAUGAUAGAAAAUAUGUUGAGACAUACUUCAUGAAGGACGUUGAGAAGGAGCUUGGUCUAACAAGAGAGCAGUUGAUUCGCAUGGCACUUCUUCUUGGUAGUGAUUAUACUGAAGGUGUCAGUGGUAUAGGCAUUGUUAAUGCUAUUGAGGUUGUACAUGCGUUUCCUGAGGAAGAUGGCCUCCAAAAAUUCCGGGACUGGAUUGAAUCACCAGAUCCUACUAUAUUAGGGAAGUUUGAUAACCAAACAGACUCAACUGCAAGGAAAAGGGGGUCAAAAAUGGGUGAUAAUGUGAAAAGCUCCAAAAGCAAAAUGGAAGAAGCAUCUGCAUCUCAUGAAAACAUUUCUGAGGCUCAAGAACAGAAGCAGUCUGCUGAUCAUACUCAGGACAUAAAGAAAGUCUUUAUGGAUAAGCAUAGAAAAGUGAGCAAAAACUGGCAUAUACCUCCGAUUUUUCCUAGUGAAGCUGUUAUUUCUGCUUACAUUUGUCCUCAAGUAGAUAAGUCAACUGAGCCUUUCACAUGGGGAAAGCCAGAUCAUUUUGUUCUUCGCAAAUUGUGUUGGGACAAAUUUUGUUGGGGUAGCCAGAAGGCAGAUGAUUUAUUACUACCCGUUCUGAAGGAGUACAAUAAACACGAGACUCAACUGCGUUUGGAAGCAUUUUACACAUUCAAUGAAAGAUUUGCUAAAAUUCGAAGCAAGAGAAUUAAGAAGGCUGUUAAAGGAAUUGCUGGAAAACCAUCCUUGGAGAUGAUGGAUGAUGCUGUACAAGAAGUUUCCGGAACUAAAAAGAAAAGAGAAAGACCUGAUGGAUCUGGGGAUAACCAAUCAGAGAAAUUUCCACAGGAAACAGAGCAAAGUGUUGUCAGGAACCAGAGCAACUAUAGGAAGAAAUCAAUUCCCAAGCAAUCAAAGAAACAGAAGAUUCCCAGGGAUGGGCUUGUUUCUGAGUCACCAACACUAUUAGAUGACAGAGAGGAAAUUAGUAAAAAAUCACGUGUGAGUGGAAGUUGCAGAGGAAGAGGGAGAGGCAGGAUAGCGGGAAGAGGGAAGGGGAAAGGGGUAUCUAAAACCAGCUCCAGCUCCAGUGAUGGUGAGAAUGAGAAUGAUGAGGAUGUGGAGGAAAUUCAAGUUGGGACAUUAAAAAGGCCACUAGAAGUGCGAAAGUCAACACGAUUGCGGAAGCCUGUAAACUACACCGCAAAUGACUCAGACAUUGAUGAUCUGGACAAAUUAUUUGACCAGGGGAAUGAAAAAUAUUUUGAUGGCAAGGUAUCGGAACAAGAUUUAUGUGAAAAUGCUGAUUCUAGUCUUGGUCAAAAUGAAAAGGAUGAUGUCAGAAAUCCUUCUCCUCGAAAUGGCUUGGAUGAAGACUAUCUUGCAGGAGGUGGGGGUUUCUGUCCAGAUAAUGGCAAAAAUGACCAACCAAGUGUGAGCCAACUUGGUGAUUCUCAUCUUGAGGCUGAUGCUUGUGAAGACUACAAGGCCGGGGGAGGGUUUUGCAUGGAAGAAAGUGAAACUAGCCCAGAUGACAACAGCAUUUCUGGCCAAGUUUCGGCUGCUGUCUUGGACAAUUCUGAUCUUUUCCAUUGUUCUGGAAUGGAGAGGUCAGAUGCAUGUAUUUCUGAGCAAAUUUUUUAUCAGGCAAACUCCACAGUGAAUGAUGAAGAGUCAAAAUCACGUGGGUUGUUGCCAGAGAAGGAUGAAGAUUAUACUCAGACAACUCCUGUGGGAACUCUACAUGCCAUGCCUUACCUGAGAAAGAAACGAAGGAAGAGUUGAACAUCUGUUUUGUAUUUGGAUGCAAGACAGUUUUGUGUAUAAUUAUCAUUCUGUUUAUUUCCUAUCUAUGCACAAAAAGUGUUAAUUCAAUCUAAUGUAUACGAUGACUUGAAUCUUCCUUGGGUCAAGCACGAAUUAAUAAAGUGCCUAACUCAUUUGAAUAUAAUAUAUGAUUCUAUCGAGCC